GGGAAAGGGGGCGGGGCUCCCGCCAUGUCGCAACGAGCCGGGGACCGCGAUCGCGACAGGGAGCGCGACAGGGAGAGAGAGCUGCAGUGGUCGGCCCGCAGGAUGGGCACCUCGCUGCUGCUGCAGCUGUCGGCCCACGAGCGAGAGCUCGACCUGGUGUGCCUCGACCACAGCUACGCCAAGCCGUGGAGCGCGCACCCCGAUGCCAGCGCCGCCCGGCCCGCCCGGCUCCUCUUCCUCACCCCGCGGAGACACCUCGGCAGCGCCCCGGAGGCCGAUGUCCCCAUCGACGUGGAGACGGUGACGCCCACGCCGGUGCCGCUGUACGACAACCAGAAGGCUCGGAGCGUGAUGAACGAGUGCGAGCGGCACGUCAUGUUCGCACGCACCGACGCCGACGCGCCGCCGCCGCCCGACGACUGGGAGGAGCACAUCAACAGGUCAGGCUGGAGCACGGCUCAGAACAAGCUGUUCAACAAGAUCCACAAGGCUCUGCAGUCGGACCGGCUGGCCCGGCUGGCCAACGAGGGGGCCUGCAACGAGCCGGUUCUUCGGAGGAUCGCGGUGGAUAAAUGCGCCCGCCGCGUUCGCCAGGCCCUGGCCAGCGUCAGCUGGGACACCAAACUCAUCCAGUGGCUCCACACCACCCUGGUGGAGACCCUCAGCCUCCCCGUGCUGGCUGCUUACCUGGAUGCCCUGCAAACCCUGAAAGGAAAGAUUCCGGCGUUGAUCGAUAGGAUGUUGCUCUCCUCCACGGCCAAGACAGGAGCAGCGGGGGCUGAGGCGCUGUCACUGCUGCUCAAGAGGCCCUGGGAUCCAGCUGUGGGGGUUCUGUCCCAUAAUAAACCUAGCAAACUGCCGGGAUCCCCCCUCAUCCUCAUCGCGUCCUCCGGCCCCGCCAGCUCCGUGUUCCCCACGUCCCGACGGCAGCGAUUCUGGCAGUCCCAGCUCUCCUGCCUGGGGAAGGUGAUCCCCAUCUCCACGUCCCUGCUGAACAAUGGCAGUGGGGUGGGGGUGCUGCAGUGCCUGGAGCACAUGAUCGGCGCUGUCAGGGGCAAGGUGGCCGAGAUCCACAACCACUUCUCGCACAAGCAGAUCAUCCUCAUCGGCUGGAACACCGGCGCCCUGGUGGCCUGUCACGUUUCCGUGAUGGAAUACGUCACCGCCGUCGUGUGCCUCGGUUUCCCUCUGCUCACCGUGGACGGCCCCCGGGGGGACGUGGACGAUCCCCUGCUGGAGAUGAAGACCCCGGUGCUCUUCGUCAUCGGGCAGAAUUCCCUGCAGUGCAACGCCGAGGCCAUGGAGGAUUUCCGGGAAAAGAUCCGGGCGGAAAACAGCCUGGUGGUGGUGGGGGGAGCGGAUGACAACCUCAGGAUAAGCAAAGCCAAGAAGAAAUCUGAAGGUCUGACCCAGAGCAUGGUGGACAGGUGCAUCCAGGACGAGAUUGCCGAUUUCCUGACGGGGGUCCUGACCCGCUCCGAGCUCCAGCCCGGCUCGGAUCCGCGGGAUUUGGAGGCGGAGAGGAAGAGGAAGAGGAGGGAUUUGUCCCUGGAGAUUCCCGAGAGGAGCAGCCGGCCCGGCUCCCCUGCCGCCAAAAUCCCGGCGUCUCCCUCGGGAUCCGAGGAUCUGUCCAGCGUGUCCAGCAGUCCGACCUCCAGCCCCAAGGCCAAGGUGGCCGCUCUGUCCCUCCCCAAGCCGGGCCAGGCGAGCUCGGCGCCGCUCCCGAGGCGACAAAUCCCGCACAAACCCACCCCAGGUGUCUCCGGGAAGUCGCUGCCCCUCGGCCAUUCCGGCUCCAAGGAAAUCCCGGGAAUGUUCUCCAGCCAAAAGCUCAGUUCCAGUCCGGAGCUGUCUCUGAGCCCGGCUCAGGCUCCCGGAGCGUUCCCGGCCCUGCAGAGCCGGCUGGUGGCCACGGGCAACCAGAGCCAGCCUGGCCCAGCCCUGACAGAGCUCAGCUCUGAAGGCUCCAGGAGCUCUGCAGAGCUUGGCCACCAUCAGCACCAUCCCCGUGCCCACCUCGCUGGCCCUGGGCGCCUCCAGCAAGCCCACGGCCAUCCAGCAGCUGCUGGGCAACGGGGGACUGGCCAAACUGGCCAGCAGCCUCCCAGGGCUGGCCCACAUCUCCAACCAGGGCUCAGGGCUGAAGGCUCCCACCACCAUCACGGUGACGCUGCGGGGACAGCCCGGCCGUGGGGGCUCCCUGAGCCUGGAGGAGCAGCCCCAGGGCCCCCAGUGACCACCAGGAGCCCAGGGUGGCCACCACCAGCCCAGGGUGGCCACCACCAGCCCAGGGUGGCUCCCGUCCCUCCAGGCACCUCCAGGACCCCCAGCCCAGCCCGGGGACCCUUUGGGGACCCUUUGGGGACACUUUGGGGACAUUUUGGGGACACUUUGGGGACACUUUGGGGACAGCGCCGGGGCUGGGAGCAGCUCUGGGACCCCCCAGAAUUCCUGGGGGUGGGAAAAGGGGGGAAUUUUCUGGAUUUGUUGCUGUUUAAUAAAAAUUUCCUUUUUUUUAUAUUUAUAUGUAAUUCUUUAAAAAUUUUGUUGUGUUUUUGGACUGAGUUUCAUUUUCCCUUUUCCUUUUCCUUUUCCCUUUCCUUUCCUUUCCUUUCCUUUCCUUUCCUUUCCUUUCCUUUCCUUUCCUUUCCUUUCCUUUCCUUUCCUUUCCUUUCCUUUCCUUUCCUUUCCUUUCCUUUCCUUUCCUUUCCCCUAAAUUCCUUCCUGAAUUCCUUCCUAAAUUCUUUCCCUUCCUUCCUAAAUUCCUAAAAAAUCCUAAAUUCU